AUGCCGAGAGAAGAGCCGCUCUUGGCACCGCGAAUAUCGUCCGAGCAAUCGUCUAUCCGAAAUGCUGAAGAAGAAGACGCCUUGCUAACCGGCGAGCGUACCCGCUCCGGCCACCACCACCGCCGCGGGUGGGGAUUCUGGAGAGAAGUCGGUCUGUUCGUCUGGGCGCUGAUAGCCACCGUCGCCGUUGUCGUUAUUGCAGUCGUGUACCAACAUGAAACGAGCCGAGCGCAGAACGAUGGGAAACACUCUUGGGGCCCUGGGGGCAAGCCGACCGGGAAACGUAACCUUAUCUUUAUGGUGUCGGACGGGAUGGGCCCAACCAGCCUUACAAUGACUCGCAGCUACAAACAGCUGACCCAGGGACUCCCAGCUGACGAGAUUCUCGUGUUGGACAAGCAUAUUCUUGGUACGUCGCGCACGCGGUCGAGCUCGAGUUUGGUGACCGAUUCGGCGGCCGGCGCGACGGCCUUCUCGUGCGGGUCGAAGAGUUACAACGGCGCCAUCUCUGUGCUUCCGGAUCACUCGCCCUGUGGUACCGUACUCGAGGCUGCGUCUUUGGCGGGUUACAAAACCGGUUUGGUGGUGACCACGCGCAUCACCGAUGCUACGCCGGCUUGUUUCGCAUCGCAUGUGAAUCUACGACAAUACGAAGAUCAAAUCGCGGAGCAGGAGAUUGGCGAGCAUCCUCUGGGACGGGUGGUAGACCUCAUCAUGGGUGGUGGACGGUGCCAUUUCUUGCCGAAUACAACCGAUGGAAGUUGUCGGGCUGACGACCGUGAUCUGAUAGCUGUUGCCAAGGACAAGGGUUUUAGUUAUAUCAAUGACCGCAAGGGCUUCGACGGCCUGGAUGGCGGUGCAGAUGCAAAAUUACCACUCCUUGGGCUUUUUGCAGAGAAGGAUAUUCCAUACGAGAUUGACCGCCGAUCCCAGAAUGACGUCUAUCCCUCUCUGGAGGAGAUGGCCCGUUCGGCCCUUAAGAUCCUCAGCGAAGCCACCAGAGACAGCGAGCAGGGAUUCUUCCUCAUGAUUGAGGGUUCGCGGAUCGACCAUGCGGGCCACGGCAACGAUCCAGCUGCUCAAGUCAACGAAGUCCUUGCCUAUGACAAGGCUUUUGCGGCUGUCCUCGAGUUCCUCGACAACGACUCCACGCCAGGUGUCCUUGUCGGCACCUCUGACCAUGAGACUGGCGGCCUUGCCGUUGCCCGUCAACUCCACACGACCUACCCAGAGUACCUCUGGCUACCUGGCGUCCUCGCCAACGCAAGUCACUCUGCUGAAUUUGCUGCUCAAGAGCUGUCGGACCACCUCAACGAGCAACCAGAUAAAGAGGCUUACAUCCGCGACCUCCUCAAGAAAUCCCUAGGUGUCGAAGACGCCACCAAGGAGGAAGUAGACGCCCUCAUCGACCCCGACAACGAGAUCCCGCCUUCCUACGUCUUUGCCGAUGUCAUCAGCCGCCGUGCCCAAGUCGGCUGGUCGACACACGGCCACUCAGGCGUCGACGUAAACAUCUACGCCUCCUCCACAAAGGACGCUUGGCCGCUUCAAGGAAACCACGAAAACACUGAAGUUGGCUCCUUCCUCGCCAGUUACCUCGACCUCGACGUCGCGGCCAUCACAAAGCGCCUCCGGGACGCGGAAUUCUGGUCCUACUCCACCUCUCAAGACGAAACGGCUACAGCGCCAUCGAGCUUCAACUGGCUCGGUGACCCGCUCGGCCAAGAUGUCCGCACUGAAGGGCUAGAUAGCUAUCAUGGCGAAUUUAAGAAACGAUCUGUCUUUGGGGAUGAGUGUGGGUGCGGGGCAGCACAUUGA